GCCUCUCAGUUCAAUCACCUGUCUCUCUCUCCUCAACUAACAUAGAUUCAACAGGUUCGAGAUGACCGAAAGAUUGGAAGCGGAAGGGAGCAGGAGAGGCAACAACAGUAAGUGGGAUGACAAAUCUGACCACGAUGAUGUAACAAAGAUAUAUGUAAAUUAUUCUCUUAGUGGCAUAGAGUCCAUUCGUUUCGACUAUGUCAAAAGUGGAAAACCAAAGGAUGGACCCUUCCGUGGUCAAUCGUAUAAUACUUACACGCACACGUUUGAGAUUAACCAUCUAAAAUAUGAACAUCUUGAAUCUGUUGAGGGCUACUACACAGAGGACACAGGGAUUGAAGCACUUCAAUUUAAAACCAACUUGCGGAUAUCUGAACCGAUUGGAUAUCAUCAUGAUGGGUGUACCAAAUUUAUACUAGCAGUAGAGGGAAAAAAAAUCAUUGGGUUUCAUGGAUCAAGCUUUGCUUUGAGGGUGGGCUCUCUAGGAGCAUAUUUCACUUGGGAUACUCCUACUAUAAUAAAAGCAGUAGGGGGAAAGGUAGGGACAAAGUGGGAUGAUGGAGUCAACCAGGCCGGUUUUACAAAGAUACAUGUACGUAGUGGUCAAAAGGGCAUACAAUUCAUCAAGUUAGAGUAUGUUGACAAGGAUGGGAAUCUAACAGAUGGGCCAAUCCAUGGUUCUAUCUAUAGAAGAGGUUCCCCACACGUGUUUGAGUUUAAACAUGACGAAGAAUAUCUGGUGUCUGUUGAGGGUUACUACGAGGGCGACGAGGAAUGUGAGGUCAUUCAGGGACUUCAAUUUAGGACUAACAUCAAGACUUCAGAACUUAUGGGAUCCAAUACGGGUAAGAAAUUUAAACUUACAGCCAGUGGAAUGAAGAUUGUUGGGUUUCAUGGAUAUGCCGAGAAGAAUCUAAGCUCUCUUGGAGCAUAUCUCACACCGCUUACUCCAAAAAAGUCGGAAUGCAAAGGCAUUACUGAUGGAAGCAAUGUUUGGAAUUGGGAUGACGGUGCUUUUGAGGGUAUUAGAAAAGUGUCCGUUUUCUUUACAGCUCUUCGUAUAAGGUGUCUCAUGAUUAACUAUGAAGACGCUGGCAAAGUAGUAAAGCGUAGCCAUGGAUUGAACAACAAUGAUCAUCAAGAAGAGAAGUUUGUUGUUGACUAUCCAAAUGAGUUUAUCACGUCUGUGGUGGGGACCAUGAGUUCUAGUUCGGUUAUGCCAUUGAUUUUUAAAACAUCAAAAGGGAGAACCUCUAAACAAUUUGGAGACUAUUCUUUUGAUGAUUCAGUUGAAUUUGUUCUCGAGAGCAAAGGUUGUGCUAUAGUCGGAUUUCAUGGAUGGCAUAACCCUGUGUCUGGGUAUAUGACAGCUCUUGGUGCAUAUUAUUAUCCAAUGCCUCUUCCUCCUGCGGCGGAAAAGCUAGAAGCACAAGGUGGUGCUGGAGGAGCUCCUUGGGACGAUGGCAGUAAUUUCCAAGGUGUUAGAAAGAUAUACAUUGGGACUGGUGAGGUUGGUAUCGUUUCAAUCAAGUUUCUGUAUGAAAAUGACGUUCAUGAGAUAGUAGUGGGAGAUCAUCAUGGGAACAAGAACCUACUUCGACAUGAAGAGUUUGACUUGGACUAUCCGUCUGAAUACCUCACAUCAGUGGAAGGCAGUUAUGAUGUAGUACCUGGAAGUGAAGAAUAUGAAGUUAUAAUCAUGCUCAAGUUCACCACUAACAAGCGAACUUCUCCAUGUUAUGGACUCGAUGAUGACCCAAUCUUCGUGCUCCACAAGGAAGGUCACAAGAUCGUUGGUUUCCAUGGAAAAUCAAGUAACAUGCUUCAUAAACUUGGGAUCCACGUGCUCCCCAUCUCCAACUCCUGAUCAUAUUUAUAUGAUUUAAAACGAACAUUAUCCUCCUCUGUUUUCAAAAACUUUGAUUCGUUUCUCUUCUUUUUUAUUUCCUCUGUUUUGAUUCUCUGUAUCUUGUGAACUUUUGAAUGAUUCCUCUGUUUAAUAAAGUGUAUGGAGUUGGACUGAAGCUCGUUGUGACUUCUCUGUAUUCUUUUUUUUUUUUGUGCACCAAACUUCUCUGUAUUCAAUAGGCUGUUUCAAGAAGCGAGAUUCCAC